GUACAAAACUCAGGAUUAGAUUUGUAGAAGUACAGUUCUGUUCUCUGCUCUCCCCGCGCCGGCUGCUUGGUAUCCCCCGCGGCUUCAGCGCCGGGCGGCUCGGGUUCCAGGGCCGGGCAGUAACCAUGGCAACGAUGGGCUCGGAGGUGGUUACGGAUUCCAAGGAGAUUGCUGAGAUCUACAAAGAGUUGAGCAAAUUCCCAUCACUGUCAAAAGCUACCAUUGGACCAGAGGUCAUUUCUCAGUAUGGCGGAAAACACUGCAACAUCUAUACAGAAUGGUCUCAGAGGGAUCUGGAGAGAGCGGAGCGGGUCAAAUUCUGCCGACAAUAUAUAAUGUUCUACGAUGACGAUUCCAUUGUAUAUGCCGGCCCUUCUGGAAACUGCACAGAACUACAAGGCGAGCUGUUGAGCAAAGAGUCGCCAUCUGGAUUUUUGAAGGCUGUACUUCGGGAACACACAAACAAAAAAGGAGAGGAAAAACAAUUUCUUGAAAUCUGGAAUAAAAACUCUAAGGAAAAGAGCAUAAAUCUGACUGCACUCGACAAGCAUGGCAAAGUGUAUGAAGAUGAUCAGUUUGGUUGCCUUGUGUGGUCUCACUCAGAGACUCACAUCCUGUAUAUUGCUGAAAAGAAAAGACCUAAAACUGAAUCCUUCUUCCAAACUAAGUCGCAAAUUACUAUGACUGAGGACGAUGAGGACAGCAUCAAAUCCGAUAAACAGGAGAAGCCUGUGAAAGGAGAUGAUUUUGUGUACUGGGAGGACUGGGGAGAAACAUUUACGCAAAAGACCACACCUGUGUUGUGUGUUCUGGAUAUUGAAAGUAAUAACAUCUCGGUUCUGGAAGGGAUUCCUGACCACAUUUCUCCUGGGCAGGCGUUUUGGGCUCCCAAUGACACGGGCAUCGUAUUUGUUGGAUGGGAACAUGAACCUCAACGGUUGGGUCUCGUGUACUGCACCAAUAGAAAGUCUGGGCUGUACUAUGUGGAUCUGACAGGUGGCAACUGCCUGCAACUUUCUUCUGAAGCAAAUGCGGUUCGGUCGCCUCGACUCAGCCCUGACAAGUGUCGAAUUGUCUACUUUGAAGGUGAUGCAGGUGGUCCCCACCACCAGUGCUGUAAACUUUGCAUGUAUGACUGGUACACAAAAGUGACCUCCACUGUGGUGGAUAUUGUGAAUCGGCCAGAUGAAGAUGGAUUUACUGGCAUAUACUCUUUAGCACUGGCACAGAAUUGUUGGGCUAUGGACAGUCAGCGGAUUCUCAUUGAUACACCUCAAAGGAGCAGAAAGGAUCUCCUCGUAAUAAACAUACCAACAAGAAAUGUGACAUCACUAACCAGUGGCUCGGACGCUGGAAGCUGGUCACUGCUGGCUAUUUACCAGGAUCUGAUGGUGAUCACGUGCUCAUCCCCCAACUGCCCACCCAGUCUGAAAGUAGGCUUUUUGCCUGCUGCAGGCAAGGAACAAAAGGUCACUUGGGUAGCACUAGAUGAAACUGAACCAUUGCCAGGCAUCGAUUGGAAAAUUCUGACUUUUACACCUCCACUUGAACAAGAGAAUCCUAAAUUCUCUGCAAUGAAUUUUGAAGGUAUCCUUUUGAAACCCAGUGAAAGAAAAGAUGGUGCUCCUCCUCCAGUUAUUGUUUGGCCACAUGGUGGACCACAUUCAGUUUUCACAGCUGAAUGGAUGUUGUAUCCUGUCGCCCUUUGCAAACUGGGAUUCGCAGUCUUACUGAUAAACUACAGAGGUUCCAUUGGCUUUGGUCAAGAUAGUAUCUUCUCUCUGCCUGGAAAUAUUGGAAGCCAGGAUGUGAAAGAUGUGCAGUUUGCAGCAGAAUUUGUAUUAAAGGAAUCGUUUGCUGAUACCUCAAAGGUCUUCAUCAUUGGUGGCUCACAUGGAGGUUUUCUUGCGAGUCACCUAGUUGGCCAGUACCCUGAAUUCUACAAGGCCUGUGUGACUCGAAAUCCUGUCAUUGACAUUGCUUCCAUGCUGGCAACAACAGAUGUUCCAGAUUGGUGCACAGUGGAGGCCGGUUUUGAGUACACAGCUGACCAGCUUCCAACUCCUCCCUUAUUGGAAGCAAUGUUGAGCAAGUCACCAAUUGCAUAUGCUUCUCAAGUAAAAUCUCCAGUGUUGAUCAUGCUAGGCGAGAAAGACAAACGUGUACAUCCCACGCAAGGCCUCGAGUUCUAUCGAGCACUGAAAGCCAGAAAGAUUCCUGUACGAUUAUUAUGGUACCCUGAUAACAACCACUCACUCUCCAAAGUUGAUGCAGAGGCAGAUGGAUUCAUGAAUAUCACACUUUGGUUUGUCAAACACCUCUGAUCCUGAUUCUUCAUCCAAGAGGUAGUCAGUGUAACUUGAUGCAAGAUGAUUUGCGGGAGCUGUCAAUAUUGUUGUGGUGCAGUCCAUGAGAUCUGAAAUCCAGGUGGUUUUCUUUGGUAUUUCGGAGAUGACUUUGUAUGUUCUUUUGGGGCUCUGUAGCCAUAACAUGUAUACAUGUUUUACACUGAAUCACAUGACACUGCCUAGAGUUUCAGGAAUGAAUCGGCAUUGGUAAUCAUUAUCUUUGUGUAGAGGGAGGAUUUGGUGGCACACAAGUCAUUCCUUCUGUAAACAGCUAAUUAUUAUUUAAAUUCAUGUAUGCCAUUUUUGUGCUAGUAAUGCCAUUCUGCAAUAUCUUUGAUAUAAAACAAUCUACAUAUGAAUUAAAUUAUUUUCUGGUCAAAUUCCCGAACUGUCAUGCAACAUCACAGUUCAUUUAGUUUUAGGUAAUGUUCAGUGUAUCUUUAGUAGCUUUGUACCACGUCGGCAAGAAAUUAAUUUCCUUAUUGUAAAAUAUUAAAAAUCCCAGCUAUUGCUUGAUAAUUCUACAAACCAUCUCAAGAAAAUUGAAGAACUGAUAAUUCAGUCUUGUGAGUGUGACUCUAGUGCACUAAAAUAGACUUAUGAUUUUAUGAUUUCAACAUUUGAAAUCUUGAUUGCUCGUUGACAGUCCCUCAUAUAUGGAUACUUUUCAGUUCAUUUCCCGAGGGUGGAAUAAUAUUUCUUUUAUAGUCUGCUGUUAUACUGCCAUCUGUUUGACAGAGAAUCCCACCAGACUGGAAACACAGCACCUCAAAAAUAAAGUGCAUUUGCUACUGAAAAGGUGAAAGGCUUUGCUUGCCUGUACACGUAAUGCAUUGACACGUUAUGCCUAAAGCUCUCCAUGGGUUUCUUGACUUGCAUUGAAAGAAAAAAAGAUUUAGUUAUAUAUAACUUUCCACAGUAUUGGCAAUGAUGGACUUUCAUUUUUACAGCUGCAAUCUUGUUGGAGGGUUCAAAUAACAUUUGUGAACCAUUUGAGUUUAACUCCUAGCUUUUAUAAAAUGUCACUUAAACCCAGGAUUAACAUUCAGCCAUGACAUUACUCCCAGCAAACUGUUCACAUUGCCGAAAGAAUAAUGUUGUGACUAGCCACACAUCUAAGAAUUAACUCUUGUCAGGUGAUAAAAUAAUUGGGUGGAUAAUACCUUCCUUGGGCAGACAGACUGCAACUCUUCAGUAGGGUUCUGCUUGGAAUGCCUUCCCCCACCAAAAAUAAUUGGUGAAAAAAAUGUGGUGCAAAAGUGUGCCUUAACAACUGCUUUGACACUUGACUGUUAAAAUUAGGAUUUUAAUGGUGUCAAUAAAUCUAAAAAGUUUGUCCCAUUGUCUGUUACUGACUGGUCAUUCCUUUGGCCAUCUUAUGUUGUACUAAACCUCUAUAAGAGUAAUUCUAUCAGAAUAACUGGUGAAGAACAUACAUAUGUUCAAUGUUCUGAUAAAUAUCUGGGGAAGUCAAGAGGGUGGACAUCUUGGACUACUUCCAAAAAGCUGUGGAUGGAGUGGGGCUUCCUAUCUUGAUUGGUAAUAUGAUUUUAGAAUAAUGAUGACUGCAUUCAAAUAAAAUGUGAUUUUAGCAAGAACAAAAGAAUUAUGCUGUUGUAAUUGAGAUGCAACUGAAGCUGUCUGCAAAAUAUUUAUAUAUAAUCAAUUAAAAAAAAUCCUGGUGCUUUUACAUUUCAACCUCUGGUGAAGCAAGUGUAAUUUGCAGCUAUUAUAUCUAUCUUAGUGCCACAGAAUAAAUUAAGUAAAAUUUA